AUGGCCAUCCUGGUGGAAGACAUUUUGGCCCUCGCUUGCCUAUUGCUUCAGCCAACUUGGCCUUUAUUGGCUUUGGCAAGUCUGGCUACAACAGUUGCCCUGACCUCAUCUGAAAAGUUGCCUGAGAGAACCGGGGGAGUGGUCUUUGCAGUGCUACUGGGUCCUUUGCUCACAUCUGCAUACCGAAAGAAUGCAAUGCUACAUGCCGGAGAUGCUGCUCAUUCCAUUCUGUGGGUGUUGGCAUCAGCGCAAGCACUCGGAAAUCUACUUGUGCACAGCACGGUGUUCCUCAUCGCAUCAACUGCACUGGCAUGGGCAGCAGGCCUUUCCCUGUGGCCAUCAAUCGUGUUCCUUGUCGUACAGCAGUCCUGUCAAAGAUGCAGGAGCUUCAGAAGCUACGCUCACUGCUUCAGCUUUGCGGAAGUCAUGUUUUGGUCUCAGUCUAGUGCAUUCCUUGCUGCUUUGACAACACAGGGUUUUCGAGACGGCUAUGAUUCAUGGCGUCCAACUUGCGCAUUCUGGACGGUGCUGGCGACGUGUGGCUUGAUUUUCAUGCUCUUUACGGCGUGCUUCGACGCGCUUGCUGCACACGGUUUCGCACCUUUGCUUGCAGCGGCCGCCACAGCCCUUUUAUUUCUCCUUUGGGGAUUAAGUGAGCAGCUUAGCGAUGGAGCUAUUUGGUGGUUUCUUGGGUAUUUGUCCCAGAUGGAGAAUCUGUGGUGUUUGCUCUUCCAGUGGCCCUUGCUUUUAAUUGCCGGUGUGGCAAGUAUCGAGAUGCUCUCAAGGAGACUUCAAGUUGAAUCUUUGAUGAAGAAGCACAUCGUGCGGAAGUCCUUCCACGUGCUCGCUAUUUGUCUCUUUGCUCCACUGUUGAUGUCAGGGCAAGCAGAUUUUUUGGCUCUUUCCCAGCUGGUGGUUUGGAGCGGUUGCGAGACACUGAUUGAGAAUGAGCAUUUGAUGCAGAGCAUAGAAUACCUUGUCCAUUUGUCCGAUGGUUCUUGUGGUCGCUUGCUUCCACAUGUGGGCAAGGAGGGGGAAGCUGUUCCAGCUUUUGACUUCGAGAGUCUUUUCUCGGAGGACAGUCAGAAGAGAUUGCUUGGGAAGUUCCGUCAUCGAGAGAUGCGGACUGUGAGUGCGGAGGGCGAUGGUGGGCCUCCUACUGUGCAAGGCUUCGAACUACAUGUGAGUGGGUUGAAACCUCAUUGCAUGCACUGCAUCUCUGUUUGCGUGCGUUGCGCAGUGGAAAACUUACCGGAGCCUGAUUGGCAACGCCUCAAGCUGGAUCCUUCACACCCCAUGCGUUGGAGUGAGCCCUUCCAUAGCUCGCCCCUCCUGACACCUUUGCGUCCUCCACCGAUGCUGGUUCCUGAACUGGCUGUGGGCUCAGGCUGCAAAUGGAGAUGGCUCUGCAAGUCUCUAAAGAUCCGCAUGGGUAGUAACCCCGCAUUUUCUGCAGCGUGA